AUGGAAGCGGAUGCUGGAAGUAAGAUUGAAACAAAUACAUCAGGUCCUAUCCUCCCUAAAGCGUGCGAGAAUUGUCGCAUACGGAAGAUCCGUUGCAAUCGACAGAAUCCUUGCUCCAACUGCGAGACUUCUGGCAUCAACUGUAGACCAGCGGCAAAGACUACAGGGCAACGAUCAAGAGUACUGUUGUCUGCCAAUUACGAGAAGCAGAUCGAACAGAUCAACGACAGACUUACCGGCAUCGAAGAUGCAAUCAAAACUUUGCGCCUCACACCAGUCUCGCCAAACAACCUUCCGGAAUCAGGGUUGUCGUCAGGCUCGGACGUCAGCCGAUCCCAAAUAACGACACCCACUGCAUUUGAAGGAGCCUCCUCGUUCACAAGUCAAGCUAUUCAGGCCAGUCAGGCCGCUGGUCGUUCCUUAGAGCGACUCUCAGGCUCUGCCGAAGUCGUUGAUGCGCUGAGCUCCUUACGGAAUCUUGUUAAACCAGCUGGCUUUGGCAUAAUCAAGCACGAUCUGCGACUGGGCACUAGUGUACUUCCUAGAGCACUGCCUGAAAUUCAGCUUUUACCUGCACAGUUCGUACUCACUCUGUUACAGGAGUUUAGGACGAGAAUAUCUGCUCUAUUCCUGGCUUAUGCAUUUAGGGAUCACAAACAGCUCGAAAGGUUAUGUCAACAAAUCUACUUUCCUACCGAACCAGUGACGCUGGCCUCCUUGACCUUAAUGAAUGGAAUGAUUUUCUACAUGAUCAAGGAACUUCUAUUCGAGGGUAGCUAUGGAGCUUGCAAGGACUAUGAUUUGAAAGCAUAUCAUGAUCAAGCCGAACGUAAUUUCCACCUUGGUGUUGAGACGUACGAGGUGUUUACACAUCCAAGUUUAGAGAGUACAAAGGUCCUAAUGCUCGCGAUGCUGAAAGCUCAAGAAGAAGGAAAGCCGUUGUUAGCAUGGACAUUUGCCUCGACAGGAUGUAGGCAAGUUCUUAAUCUGGGAUAUCAUAGAAAGGCCUCGUUGAGGAACGAUCCCGUUGAACUCGCCGAGGACAAGCGGCAGGUAUUCUGGACAUUUUACAUGGUCGAUAAGAAUUUGUCUCUGAAUAUGGGCUAUUCUUCGACUCUGCAAGACAAUGACAUUGACGCUGAGUACUUUUGCUGCUCGUCAGACCCUGGUAUUGCACCUUGGGACAAAGCGGCCUUGGCCAUGGUCGAAAUAUCUAGAUUGCAAGGCUUAAUUUACGAGAAACUAUACUCGCGGCAAGCUCUAGAGACCUCACCCGAGGUCAAAGCGCAGGUCAUCAAUGAGUUGUCCCCGCAAUUGCAGAGAUGGUAUGAGCAGUGGAUCAAGGUUGAUUCGAGUUCAUCAUAUUUGCCUACGUUCUUCUUCAUAAUCUACGGAGCGUUUGACGUUGUAUACUACUCAGUGGUAACAACGAUGCAUCGCGCUGCAACACCAAGCAAUACCUCUGUCGAGAUUACGUCAGCAUGUUACGAGGCUGCGAAGAAAAGUCUACAAGCACAUCUUCACUUCUUCCCAUCCUUCAAGUCGUAUGGCGACGCAGAAAUUCUGGGCAGCUAUGUCGCCUGGAUCCUACUCUACGCAUCGUGGACACCAUUGAUCGUGGUUUUUCUGCAUGCAAUCGCAUCGUCGAAUCGAGAAGAUGUCAGAUUGCUAGAAGAAACUGAAAUUUCAUUGGAACCGUUGAAAAAUCUCAAUCAGCAAUCAGAGCAAGUUUAUUGCUUAUGCAAGAUUUUCUGCAAAUUAGCCAAGGCAUUCGUUGAGCGACGUUCGAUUUUUGUCGGAUCGUACAAUCCACAACAAGAUAUGGUGGUUAUACCACAACAAGACCUGCAGGAGUUUCAUCAUAACCUUCCAACAGGAACUCAAUCAAUGCCUAUCACACAAGCUGUGAAUUGGGCCGAGGCGCCCGACCCUCAAGUGCCGAACUUCGAUGGUUCAGAAAUGGAUGAUAUGUCGAUGUUUCUUGGAAACUGGUUUGGCAAUCAGCCAGUCUCUAAUCUGUGGAACAUGGACUUUACAGAGAAUCUAGAGUGA